UGCUUGAGAUUGAGUUGUUGCAGAAGCUAAUUUCAGUUGGGAUCAAUUUGAUUAGAAGAAGAAGAAGAAAAAGAGAUGGCACUAGAAGCUCUGAAUUCCCCAAGAACAGCAACCCCAUCGUUCCACUAUGACGAUAUGGAUCUACACUGCCUUGAGCCAUGGGCAAAGGGCAAACGUUCCAAGCGUUCCCGUCUCGAUAACCCACCCUCUGAGGAGGAGUACCUUGCCAUCUGCCUCAUCAUGCUUGCUCGUGGUGGAGCAAGAGGAACCAAUGUUGCCCCAACCACUACCACCACCGCCACGGCCAAAUUCCACCCACCCCGCUACCCUUCCUCUUCUCCUCCGCCGUCGAUUUCGCAGCCCCCCUUGUUGAAGCUGAAUUAUAAGUGUGCCGUCUGCAACAAGGCCUUCCCUUCUUACCAGGCCCUCGGAGGACACAAAGCCAGUCAUCGGAAAUUGACAGGUGGUGCAGAAGAUCAGUCUUCCUCCUCCUCUGCUUCCACCACCACCACCUCUACGACCUCCCCUGCCAAUCCUACCCCAGGUAGUGUCGGCGGGAGCAGGACCCAUGAAUGCUCUGUCUGCCAUAAAACCUUCCCUACAGGGCAGGCCUUGGGUGGACACAAGCGCUGCCACUACAGUGGCAGUAACAGUGGUGUGACGACGUCGUCGUCUUCAGAUGGUCCAGCUUCUUCCAGUCAGAGCCACCGUGGUUUCGACCUCAACUUGCCGGCUUUGCCUGAAUCUUGGACCUGUUUUGGCGGUUUGGGUGGGCGAAAGUUUCAAAAUUUUGGCGAUGAAGAGGUGGAAAGUCCUCACCCCCAGAAGAAACCUCGACUCUUCAUUAUGGACGACGUCUCUCCUCAAGAUCUGCAGAAUUAGAAUUAAAUUACUCUGUAUUUGGA